AUGGAUCGGCUUCUGGUAGAGCUGCUUGAAAUCAUUAUUUUGUUUACUCUACAAGCUUCUCUGAAGCAUCUAUUGAGCGUGAACAGGCUAUUCCGGGCCCUCUGUAUUCCUUCACUCUUUCAGUCUGUUCAGGUCGGAGUUACCUUCGCGCAACUGGAGGGUUUGCUGCAGAUAUCAAAGUCUUCAUUUGCUCCAUUUGUGAGAGCUAUACGAUAUGAGGCAAAUGCCCUUCUCGAUCCCAAAAAGGAAAAGAUCUUAUGGACAAGUCAGGAUAUACUGUGCAUGUCCCUUCGCGACCUUCCCAAUCUGCACACUCUUGAGAUUAAUCUCGUGAACAGAAUCAAAGACCAAUUCGGCCAUGCUUCAGGCUGUAUGCUUCCAUAUCAUGAUUACUAUCUCGGUCCCUUGGAGAAACUUCUGACAGCCGCUGUGAUGGCUCGAAAAAACAGUGUGAUGAUUCGAGCAUUCCACAUAAGAGGUUUCUACCAUCAGGCUGCCAUAGAGGACUGUUUUUUGCAGGCGCUGGCUUCCAAAGCGUUGCCUGAUGUGGAGGAGAUAUGCAUUACAUCUACAUCCCCGAUGUUGCCUUUUCUUAACAAGCUCCCGCUUUUGAAGCUUCAGCAUCUUGAGCUUAUAGAUAUUUGGCUGUCUCUUCCAGCUCUGGAAAACUUCAUUCGCCAGGCGGUGCAUCUCAAGUCGCUAUAUCUGGAGGAUGUCUGGCUAGUUGACGAGUUAGCAGCCCAUCCGGGUGGUGAGUUUGGUAUAUCAAAGGGCCUUGCAACUACUAUCAUUGAAGUCCUGACACGACUAAGCCGGCCACUUGAGAUGACCAUAACACAUUGCGGAAAUACACGGCAGUUUGGGAGUAACAGCACCACAGUCUUUCAAUCCUAG